UCCAUACACGGGAGAGAGGGUCCAGGGGCAUUUUCUGUCUCUUGCCUACUAGAUGCUUGCUUAGAUUGACUUGGCUUGCGCAAAGCAAAGUUCCACUGAGGAAGGAAAGAAAAAUGUACAAAACGAGUUACUUGCGUGAAGUGCGCAAGGAAAAAUAUGAAAGAUCUGAUGGUUUUGAUGAACAAAGUCUAGUAGAUUUCAGCAGCCUUGGCUUAUCGCAAGCUCAAGGCCUUGAAAACUUGCAGGACCUGAAUGAAAGGUUUGCAAACUAUAUCAACCGAGCAAGAGUUCUGGAACAAAGAAAUGCCAUCUUCAGGAAACAACUAGAGACUUUCCAGCGAAUGGAUGAGAUCUCUGGCUUGGAAGAAGCAUUUGCUGAACAGAUAGAGCUCAACUGUCAAAGACUUAGGGAGCUAUCUUCUGAUCGAUCCAAGCUUGAGAGGGAAUAUAAAGAUGCUCAAAGAACAGUUGAUGAAUUUAAAAACAAAUAUAGAAAUGAAUGUGAUUAUCAGCAUCUUCUGAAAGACAAUCUGGAACGUCUAAAUAGGGAAGCAGAUGAAGCUUUACUAAGUAAUCUUGAACUACAGAUUGAAUCUCAAUUCCUGCAAGAUGACAUUAAUGCUGCAAAGGACAGGUACAAGAAGAACCUCCUGGAAAUUCAGACGUAUGUUAAUAUAUUACAACAAAUUAUUCAAACAACUCCUCCUGUGACAUCCAUUACUGGUGGGAUGCAUGAGGAAAAGCUGAUGUCUGAAAGAAGAAUCCCCAUAUUACAAUGCCAGCUAGAGGAAUAUAAGAGUAUCUUAUGUCAACUACAAGCUCAAAAGGUUAAGCUACAGUCUGAGACUUCCAUGCUGGAACAGGCAAUUAAGAACACACAGGAGAGUUAUGAUGAUGAGAUCCAACUGUACAAUGAACAGAUUGAAGUUCUGAGGAAGGGUAUAGAAGAAGCGGAGAGAAAUUUAGAAAAGUUCACAAAUGAUUGCCGUCAACUUGUAAUAUAUCAACAGUCCUUGGAAAAUGAAUUGGAAAGAUAUAAGCGUAUCAUUGAAAAUGAGGAUAACAGACUGAACUCUGCAAUAGUUGGAACUCCAAUUACACUCUUCAUGCAAAGCUACAAAAGCUCUCAGAUAUCUCCCACAAUAAGAAAAGAUAUUACCCUGGCUAUACAAGAUAUUGCUACUGCAAAACCAAGGCAAAAGGGUGCUGUCCGGAAAACCUCAAGAAGGAAAGAGAUAUCUAUGGAUAAGGGUGAUAUUGGUAUUGAAGACAAAGUAAUUGACCAAACACAUAGUUCAGAUAAGGGUCAACAAGAAUUCAUGUUUGAUUCUCCUUCACAAGAGGAAACUGGAAAAGAUUUUGAUAUAUGUGACCGUGAUUUAUACCCUGAGGAUGUCCCAGAUGGAGCACAAAUAAGUAAAGCAUUUGAUAAGUUAUGUAAUAUUGUAAGAGACAGAAUAAGAGGUUACAAAAAACCAGAACCAUCUCCAGAUUUUUUCACCAAAGGUCGCUACGUUCUUGUAACUGGAGAAUCAAGUUAUGUGGACCCCUGCUUCAUUUCAUCCAUACCACAAGCAGGUGGGAGAAUCAAUGUCAGCAUUAGCCAUGACAUAAUUCCAGGGGAUGACAUCGUACUACCGAUUCCUGAAUUGCCUGAACCUUCAGAGCCAUCAGAAAGUGGGGAAGAUGAAUGUGUCUCAGAAGAACGGAAAGAAGAUGAGCCAGAAGAUAAAGAUGAAACAAAGCGGGGUGAAGAGGAAAAAGUGGAUGAAAAGGGCAAACAAUCAGAAGACAAAGCGGGUGAAAAUGGCAAACAAUCAGAAGGCAAAGAGGAAGAAGCUAAGAAGACACCCAGUGAUAUAAAACCAGGAGACGCAAAUAAACACGGCCAAGGAAGUUCAAGUUCGGAUUCUGUGAAGCCACAAAGAUCUAGCAGAAGCAGAAACAAUGACAAAGAAGACGGUUUAACAUCUUUCAGAGGAAGAGAUUUCCCAAGUUCAAUGAGUUAUGAGAAAGUUGAAGUGGUAGAAUCGAUUGAGAAGUUUUCAGAUGACAGAAUAAGGAGUUACGAAGAAACGGCAAUGAUUGUGGAAACCACGAUUGAGAAAACAAGAAAAAAGUAGGAUGUGAGCAAAGUAAAACAUUUUCCGUUUCUGAGAGCAUAGUGUAUUGAUUUUCAUCAGUAAGAUGUGAUUUAAGUCAAAUCAUUUAACCUUUCAAGUUGGUGGGGGUUUGAAAUGGUUUUUAGUCUACCCUCCUCUGUAUCUCAGUGGGAUUUAGUUUAAUAGGUAAUGGACUAGUGAAAAUUCUAAGCAUUGGUCACCAGUAUGCUGUAAUACGAUUAAAAUGAGUAUACCACGGGAUGACCCUGCUGAGUUAUAUUAUUCGGUGAAGACAGGCCAAGCUUCACAUUUGCUAAUAUUUACUAAGCAAUUAUGUAAAUUAUACUUUCGCUGCUCACUGAAUUUAUGUAGAUGGAAGUGUUCUACAUCUGGCUAAUUUUCAUUAAAAUAAAGAUUCACUUUCUGGAGCAUUAAUUACAAA